AUGGAAGCCGAAGCCGUGGCUCUGACUUCGGUUCCACGCCGACGCAACGGUCGCCAACAGGCCUGCGAGCCAUGUCGAAAGCGGAAACUGGCUUGCGACCACUCCCUGCCAACAUGCUCUCGGUGCAGACGUCGUAACGCCGAGAACGGCUGCGUCUACCUCAUUGCAUCUGGUACUCCUGCGAGAACGCGCGGGAGUGAUGGUUUGCGUCAAAGAAGUACGCGGCCAACCACCACAGGCACAAGCUCGCCGCCGAUCCAUCCUAUUCGGGAACAACAACAAUAUCAACAUCAACAACAACAACAACCUCACCAUGCCCCACGUGCAUCGGAUUUACCCUCACCCCCGCCGCUGGCGUCAUCGUCCUCGUCCUCAUUGACGCCCAAGAGCAGCGGCGCUCCUUCAUCGCCGUCCAUCGCCAUAAACACCCCUGGGUACCUAGGCCCGACCAGCUUCUCUGCCGUGUUUAGGGAGGCUCAGGGCCAUCUGAGCCCGGCACCUGCUCCGGUGAGCAGUGCAGACGGCCACCGCCCUCCAGGCGCAUCACGGCCACGCCAUGCUGAGAUGCCAUUCCCGCACAGGACGCCCCCGUGCAAGCUGGACCGCGCCGUCUCGCUCCUCCAGGCCCUGCCCAACCUCAGGACCGCUCGGCUGCUCGCCAAAACCAACAUCAGUCCCAUGGACGCCUGGGUGCGCCCCGUGGCCGUGCACAUGAUGGAGUCCAUGUACGCCGUGUUCUUGGGAUCCGGCGACGACAGGACCGACUCUUCCCCUUCCACCGCUGACCUCCGCGCCAUGGCCGAGUUCAUAUUUGCCAACACGGCCACGGCUCUCAAGGAGGACGUUGACGACCCUGCGGCCUGGAUGGCGAGCUUUUCCGGCAGGAACAUGCGCUGGGAGUCUGUCGGCGAGGUUUUUGGCAUAUUCGCGUUUGGGGCCCUCGAGCUCAAUGCCAGCAACAACUGGGAGCAGAUCCGGGCCAGCGUGGCCGGAACCGCCUUUGAGGGCAAGGAAGGGCGGGCGCUGGCCAUCGGCUGGAAGGACUGCGCGGCCAAGUGCGCCGAGUUCUGCCGGGGCGAGCAGCCCAGCUCUCUGCUGGUGAGCCUGUACCACAAGAACAUCGUCCUCGAGUCCAUGGACUCUGGCGACACCAGCCUCCGGUCCUUUACGCUCUGCGCCGAGGCGGUCGCGCUCUGCCACUACCUGGGCCUGCACGUCGACACCGGGGCGGGCGAGGACGGCGGCGGCAAGGUCACGGCGUCGGCCGAGGCGCGGAGGCGAGCGUGCUGGGGCAUCUUCACCAUCGACAAGAUCGGCGCCAUCUGCACGGGCCGGCCGCCGCUGUUCAGCCGGAGGUACAUGUCGACGCGCAUGCCGCUCGACGUGUCCAACGAGGAUCUGCUGCUGCCUCAGGACCAGUUCGAGGAGGCGGUGCGGCUCAAGUUGGACGAGAAUGGCUGGAACAGGGACAGGGACAAGCUGUACCCGAUCAAGUACGUGCGGGCCCGGAUCCCCAUGAUAGUGAUACGCGACGAGAUUCUGGAGCUGGCGCUGGGGCCGGCCGACACGUUGCAGCGGAGUUAUGACCAGCUUGCAGAUAAACGCGGAACUGAUUCUGAUGUGCCUGUCGCUGACGUGAUUUUUCUUUUCCUCAUCAAAACAGGCACCCCGCAGACCCUAGGCCCGACACUGCGCGAUCUGCUCCCGGCCCUGUUCCCCAGCAGCAGGGAUCCCGUGCUGGCCAAUGUGGUGCUUCACGGUGCUCCCGUGCCCUUCUCGGCUCCUCUGGAGGGUCUAAUGCGCGAGGCCGCCUAUCCCGACGGCUGGCUUUGUUUAACCGUCGUGCCUCUUUGA